UGGAGCACUGGGCGGGCGCUGCCGCCUGGCCGGCCGCGGCUGGCCCAGGAUCAGGGAGCCGAUGUGGAAUUUCCUGCCCGGCCCGGCGCCCCUCCUGCCGCCCCCCGCCUGGCCUCGCACUCCGCUUCCGGCCGCUCUCGUCGCGGCUGCACCCGCGCCCACGCCAGCCCCGCGCCGCAUGGAGGGCGCAGGGCCCUGGGGGGCCGGGCCGGAGCGGCGCCAGGGAGCCGGAGGUCCGCUGCUGUCGCCGCCGCUGCUGCUGCUGCUCUGGCUGCUGCCCGGCCUCGCGGCACCCCAGGAGUUGAACCCGCGAGGCCGCAACGUGUGCCGCGCGCCCGGUUCCCAGGUGCCCACGUGCUGCGCUGGCUGGAGGCAACAGGGGGACGAGUGUGGGAUCGCGGUUUGCGAAGGCAACUCCACGUGCUCAGAAAAUGAGGUGUGCGUGCGGCCUGGCGAGUGCCGCUGCCGACAUGGCUACUUCGGUGCCAACUGCGACACCAAGUGCCCGCGCCAGUUUUGGGGCCCCGACUGCAAGGAGCGGUGUAGUUGCCACCCGCAUGGACAGUGCGAGGACGUGACGGGGCAGUGUACGUGUCACGCGCGCCGCUGGGGUGAGCGUUGCGAGCAUGCGUGCCAGUGCCAGCAUGGCACGUGCCACCCGCGGAGCGGCGCGUGCCGCUGUGAACCCGGCUGGUGGGGUACGCAGUGUGCGAGCGCGUGCUACUGCAGCGCCACGUCGCGCUGCGACCCGCAGACUGGCGCCUGCCUGUGCCACGCAGGCUGGUGGGGCCGCAGCUGCAACAAUCAGUGCGCCUGCAACUCUUCGCCCUGCGAGCAGCAAAGCGGCCGCUGCCAGUGUCGCGAGCGCACUUUCGGCGCGCGCUGCGAUCGUUACUGCCAGUGCUUCCGCGGCCGCUGCCACCCUGUGGACGGCACGUGCGCCUGCGAACCCGGCUACCGCGGAAAGUACUGUCGCGAGCCGUGCCCCGCCGGCUUCUACGGCCUGGGCUGUCGCCGUCGGUGCGGCCAGUGCAAGGGCCAGCAGCCAUGCACCGUAGCCGAGGGCCGCUGUCUGACGUGUGAGCCCGGCUGGAACGGAACCAAAUGCGAUCAGCCCUGCGCUUCUGGUUUCUACGGCGAGGGUUGUGCCUACCGCUGCCCACCCUGCCGCGACGGGCACGCCUGCAAUCAUGUCACCGGCAAGUGUACGCGCUGCAACGCGGGCUGGAUCGGCGACCGGUGCGAGAACAAGUGCAGUAAUGGCACUUACGGCGAGGACUGUGCCUUCGUGUGCUCCGACUGCGGCAGCGGCCACUGUGACUUCCAAUCGGGGCGCUGUCUUUGCAGCCCUGGUGUUCAUGGGCCUCACUGCAAUCUAACGUGCCCGGCCGGGCUUCACGGCAUGGACUGCGCCCAGACCUGCAGCUGCCACGAGGAUUCAUGCGACCCAGUCACUGGUGCCUGCCGCCUGGAGACCAACCAGCGCAAAGGUGUGAUGGGUGCGGGCGCGCUGCUCACCCUGCUUCUCGGCCUACUGCUUUCGCUGCUCGGCUGCUGCUGCGCCUGCCGCGGCAAGGACCCGGCGCGCGGGCCCCGCCCCCACAGGGAGCUGUCUCUUGGAAGGAAGAAGGCACCGCAACACCUUUGCGGGAGCUUCAGCCGCAUCAGCAUGAAGCUGCCCCGGAUUCCGCUCCGCAGGCAGAAGCUGCCAAAAGUCGUAGUGGCCCAUCAUGACCUGGAAAACACACUCAACUGCAGCUUCCUGGAACCACCCUCAGGGCUGGAGCAACCCUCACCAUCAUGGUCCUCCAGAGCUUCUUUCUCAUCAUUCGACACCACAGAUGAAGGCCCUGUGUACUGUGUGCCCCAUGAGGAGGCAGCAACGGAGAGCAGAGACCCGGAGGCCCCUCCGGCUCUGGCUGAGGCACCAGCUGCAUCCCCAGCGCCCUUGACCACUCAUGGGCCCACGGAGGAGGCAGCGACCCUCCCUGCGUCCUCUGACAGCGAGCGCUCGGCGUCCAGUGUGGAGGGGCCUGGCGGGGCGCUGUAUGCGCGCGUGGCCCGGCGCGAAGUCCGGCCGGCCCGGGCCCGAGGUGAGGCUGGAGGUUUGUCGCUGUCUCCGUCGCCCGAGCGCAGGAAGCCGCCGCCACCCGACCCUGCCACCAAGCCCAAGGUGUCCUGGAUCCAUGGCAAGCAGGGCGCAGCCUCCGCAGCCGGUGCAGGGUCGCCGCCGUCGGGUCCCGAAGCAGCGCCAAGCCCUAGCAAGAGGAAAAGGACACCCAGUGACACGUCGGCGCGGCCAGACGAGCCCUGCAGCCCCCGAAUCCGUGACCAGACGCCGCGGCCCCCGGGACUGGCGGAGGAGGCACCCGCCCCAAACGCGGCCUCGCCACCCCGGGCCCGAGCGCGGGGUCGUGGCCUGGGUGUCUCAGAGCCCACGGACGCUGGUGGCCCCCCGCGCAGCGCGCCCGAGGCCGCCUCCAUGCUGGCAGCGGAGCUGCGCGACAAGACUCGCAGCCUGGGUCGCGCUGAGGCCGUUCAGGGGCCCCGGGAGAAGCCGGCGCCGCCACAGAAGGCCAAGCGCUCGGUGCUGCCCGCCUCGCCGGCCCGUGCGUCCCCGGCGCCCGAGAUGGCGGUGGCUGCCGCGCCUGCUCCAGAGACCCCUCGGAAGAAGACCCCCAUCCAGAAACCGCCUCGAAAGAAGAGCAGGGAGGCGGCAGGGGAGCUGGGCAGAGCGAGUGCGCCCACCCUGUAGUAGGCGGCUGCCCCACGGUACCUGCAGCUUCCCGUGGCUUAGCGUUGCUUGCACCCAGCGUUCUGCGGCCUGGCGUUUCCCGCGUGGCCUGGGCACUGAAGGCCUUCCAUUGGCCGAUGCUCCUAGCGCUCCUAGGGAGGCUGUGUCAGGCUCAGGCUCUGGCAGCUGCUUCUUGGCUGGAGUCGCUUGGGCGAGAAAUCCCCCAUCUUUAUUGGUCAACAUCUGACAGGUGCUUAACUGAUGACUCCCUCCCCAGUGGCGGAGUUGUGAAGCUUUCCUACCAAUCUGUAUGUCAUUGCCCAUAGCCUGGAGAGCUCUGCUUAGACACUACAUGCUGGACAAGAGUAUGCUUGGUCGGGGCUACCUUCUCAUUGGCUGAAGCCAGCAGCACUUACUUCUGCCUCCUGGCUGCCUCUCAAAGGUCAGGGCCUGGUGCCUCUGGCUGUAGGGACUCUUUUCUGGAGGUAGCCAGAGGCUACUUCCAUUGACCAGGCUCCAAACCUGGGAAGGAGAGCUGGUCUCUUCUCCCCAAGGGGCUUGGAGCACCUUGGCCUGACCCUUUCCCUGUGUCACGAGCCCUGAUCCCUCAGCUGUCAAGCUGGUUUUGAUGGCCUCCUGCCACCCCACACCUCUGGGAGCCCCAGGGACAAAUUCGGUGGCCUUAGGAAAUGUAUUUAUAGGUCCCUGGAGGGGCUGCUUCCAUCCCACCUGGGGCCCCCAGAAUGGAUUCCUCCUAGCAGGGGCUUGGCCAAAGCUUUUAUAAUAAAAUGCUUCCCCCCACCU